AUGUCCUCUGCCGACUACGAUGCUGGAGAAACGUUUGGAAAUGUACCCAGCAAAUGGUCGAAUGCUGGAAAUCAUGGAUAUGGCAAUGAACACGGGACUAGAUGCCCUCCACGAGGCCUCCCUGACGCUCCAACCAACUUACGGAAACAAGGUCGAACCAACACUAAAGCUAAAGAAGAUUGUGACCAAACAGAAGACCACAUCAUCUCGGUCUUCAUAUCUACGCUAGGACUAUUGACUUUGUACAUUACCAGACGUUUCGCCAGCAUCGUCAGAUCCUCUUCUUGGCGAUGUCUCAAAAUGUCGUUGAAUACUUAUCAUUGGUACAAGUGUCUACUUUAUGGUGUCCCCGCUGAAUCUCUAAGUAUGCUCAGGCGGUCCGCGAAAUUAUCACUGACUCUUCCCGCUUCCAAUCUCCUGUUCAUCAGGUUGUCCACCGCCUCUGACCUUCUGUUUUCUGGUGUUCUUCCAAUAUUACGUGAAUCUUUUCAAUGCACUCCAGUCGAGUGUGGCCAGGCAGGGCUAUGUCUUAAGCUAUCUCCGGUCUCUCCGUACCCAUUUCCUGGAUAG